CUCCCCGUGGCUCUCGGGUUUUGUUUUUGACGUGGCCCUACCUGACAGGGUGAGAAGGAGGAGACAGAGAGGGAGCCCAACACGUCAGGCGGAGCCCUGGGCGGCGGGCUAAACUGAGGCGGUACGGGGGCUGCUGGUUGGGCUCCCUCGGUGACGUCACAGUAAAUCUGACCAAUCUACAAUACAGUCUUAACUAAUCCAAAGAACUCCACCCAGUUUUCAAACUGUUUAUCUGCUGAGGGCUGGGAAUCAUGUAUUCCAGACGACGUGGAGAGAACCUGGGACUGCUUCUGCUACUAGCCCAACUAUUCCGAGUGGGAUUUGAUAAUAUCCCCCCUGUCACACUGAUAGCAAUGGUGCUGAAUGUCUUUCUAUUCUUAUCACCAAUUAAACCAUUACUGAAUGUUUGCAUCAGUGUGCAUGAAGCAUGGAACAGACAAGAUUGGAAACGUCUUUUCUAUUCGCCAUUUCACCAUGUCGACGACUGGCACCUAUAUUUCAACAUGGUGUCAAUGCUAUACAAAGGAAUCCUAUUGGAACAAAGACUUGGCAGCACCUGGUUUGCCUACAUGUUGUCCGUGUUCUCAGUGAUGACUGGAAUUAUCUACUUGGUGCUGGAAAUGGUCCUAGCAGAACUGAUGCACGACCCAAGCUAUAAAAUGCAGUGUGCAGUUGGUUUCUCAAGUGUUUUAUUUGCUCUGAAAGUUGUGAAUGGUUAUUACAACCCAGGAGGCUUCACCUAUGUGAUGGGCAUCCCAGUGUGGGAGCAGUAUGCAUGUUGGGCGGAGUUGGUUGCAAUUCAUCUAAUUGCCCCAGGCUCAUCUUUUGUUGGCCAUCUUUCUGGUAUUAUUGUUGGGCUGCUGUACAUCAAAGGACCCUUGAAGAAAUUAAUGCAAGCGUGUGCUGAUAUUGUUUCAUCAAGCAACUAUUCUAGACAACAAACCAGAUUCAAUAACCGAGGUUACUCUGGGAAUAGUUCUUCCAGAUAUGAUACCCCAUAUGACAGGACGGGCUAUACAGGAGGAAUGACUGAGGAGGAACAAUUAGAUGCAGCAAUUUGGGCAAGUUUAAAUAACCAUGGGGCCCAUGGUGAUGGCAGAAGACCAUACAGUUUUGGGGAUCCAGAACAGCUGAAUGAAGAGGAAAUAAGGCAGCGAAGAAUAAACAGAUUUGCCAGAUGAUUAUCAACUCAUUCCACGCUGUCAUCUUCUAUUAUGCCUUUACCUCAUGCAUAUUGUUACUGUCUACACAGUUCUUGCAGUUUUCAUAUAAAAUGUUUGUGUUUUGCAAUCAAGGAUCCAGGUAUAUUUUGUUACAAACUCUUGUUUUUUUUACAACACAUAACCUAACUUUUAUAAUUAUAUCCAAUGAUGUUAAGACUUGUGAAUCUUGAUCAGAAAAGUCAAGUUGAAAUCAGUGUCCAAACUAAACUACACUCAAUGAAGCAAAGCUUAUGUCAUACAGGUUUUCUCAUGAGAGUGGUGAAAGCCAUUUUGUGCCACAAAUGAAGUAUGUUUACUAAGGCAUCAUGGAUGGGUUCAACACUUAAAGUUAAUUGCUAGGCUGACUAGUAAUGUGGAAUUGGUUUAUUCCGUACCAAGAUACAGUGACAGGCUUUUGUUUGCGUGCCGUGCAGACAGAUCAUUCCAUACAUGAGUACAUCGAGGUGGUAAAAAGAAACAGAAUGUAGAAUAUAGUGUUACAGUUACAGAGAAAGUGCAGUGCAGGGAGACAAAUAGAGCACAAGGGCCAUAACGAGGUUGAUUGGUAGAUCAAGAGUUUAUCUUUUAGCGCAUGAGAGGUCUGUUCAAGAAUCUGAUAACAACUGGAUAGAAGCUGUCCUUGAGCCUGCUGGUGUGUGCUCUCAAGCGUUUGCAUCUUCUGUCCAACGGGAGAUAAGAGAGGAUGACUGGGGUGGAAGGGGUCUUUGAUUAUGUUGGCUGCUUUUCCAAGGCAGUGGGAAGUGUGAAUGGAGUCAACAGAGGCUGGUUUGAGUGACUAACUGGGCUGCGUUAACAACUCUCUGCUCUGCCCAAGACUACAAGAAAUUGCAGUUGCCAUACCACGCUGUGAUGCAGCCGAACAGGAUGCUUUCUAUGGUAAGAAUCAUCGGGGACAUGCUGAAUUUCCUUAGUCUUCUGAGGAAGUAGAGGCAUUGGUGUUCUUCCUUGGCUGCAGCAUCUACCUGGCUGAACCAGGACAAAUUGUUGGUGAUACCUAUGCCUAGGAACUUGAAGCUCUCAACCAUCUCCACCUCAGCACUGUUGCUACAGAUGGACGUGAACUCCACUCUGCUUCCAGAAGUCAAUGAGCAGCUCUUUUGUUUUGCGACAUUGAGCACACCAUGCCACUCGGCACUUUAUAUCCUUCCUGUAUUUGUCAUUGCUUGAGAUCUGGCCCAUUAUGGUGGUGUCAUCUGCAAACUUUGUAAUUGGAGUUUGAGCGGAAUUUAGCCACACAGUUGUGAGUGCAUAGGGAGUACAGUAUGGGGCUGAGGAUACAACCUUGCGGGGCACUGGUGUUGAGGAAAGUGGUUACACUUCAACAACUAGAUGUUGCAAAGAAACAAUUAAAUGCUGUAGUGAGAGGGGGAAAUUGCAGGAUGUUUUUAGGUUAGUGUGUGGUUUGGGGAGGGGUUGUGGUGAGAUAAACUGAUAUGGUCUGUCUUAUCCUUAACUAUGAUAUUACUGGUAUUAACAAUGUUUGAAGAUAUCACAGGUUCCAGUACCACAUGCAAAUCUGCACUGACAGCAGAGAAGCCACAUUCAAAGGGAAUGAGUGAGACAGUCAGACCAACAGUACUAACUGUCAGACUUUCAGCUCUCUACUACCAACACAGAAUCAUGGUCCCUACUGUUGUUUCCUCCCAAGCUGGAGAAGAAUGAAAGAAAAGUUUGGAUUUGUUUAGCACACUUAACUCAAUGAUUUCUAAGAUCUUCAUCUCCAGUAAAUUUGUGCAGGAAUACAAAUCUGAUCUUGGAUUCAUUAAACACACAUGUCCCAGUUCUUGAUUACUUGAGGAUCUGUGCCGUGAGCAUGCCUCUGAGUGCAGGGACCAUGUUGUAGUCCUGGGUUGCUUUGUACAUCGAAUUACAGAGGAAUGUAUCAAAAAGAAGACAAACAUAUUUAAUUAAGGAAACAAAAAUUAUAUUUAUUUGAUUAACUGUUUGUUGUUCUUUGGGAGUUGAAUGUUGUUCCGUUGCAUACAGUCUGAUUGACAUAAGCCUUCAUUUGUAGAAUCAUUGCAACCUCUAAUGUAAUCUUAGUAGUUAAUUGAAUAGGACACAGGAAAUAGAUCCACACCUUCUACUAAAAGGUAAGUGCAAAGGAACAUUAUACUUAAAUACUUAAACUUAAAUAUACAUGUACUGUUUAAUGUUUCAUUGUGAAUAUUCCAUCUGCUGUAGUUAGUGCUGUUUAAAGUGGGCCAUAUAACUCUGUAUUUAAUCAUUCUGUUGCAUUUAUUAUAUGAUUUGCAAAAGGAAAUACUCUGCUUUGUCUGGAGAAAAGUAUAGACUGCAGAACAUAAAGAUAUUUCACAAUGUAUGGAUAUUAGGAAAGUGAGUAUUGCACUGCAACUUGGUAAACUAAUUGGUGUAAUUUACCUAUGCAAGCAAUUUAGUGCAUGGAUUAAAUUUGUUCUUCCUUGGAUAAAUGCAAAACUGAACUAAGUUCUUACAUGCACAAACUGAAUCACUGUAUCACCAUGAUCCAUUACUUGUUAGCACAAACACAUUUGUUAAAUCAAAAAUGAAAUUGUUCAUUUCAUAUCAGAUUGUUUUGAUUACAGAAUGGGUUAAGAUAAAUGGAAUCUGUUUGAUCUGCCACACUGUGUUUGAAAAUAACAGUAAAAAUUGUUUUACAAGUGCCAAUUAUCAGAUAUGAUAGUUGCAUCUGAUUAGUUUGUGUAAUAUUGAAACAAAAAAAAAUCACUUUUUAUAGCUAUUUUUCUUGUUGCUAUUCCUCAUUCAGGUCUAAAUUUUACUUUAAAAUUACAAAUCAUAAGUUUUAGAUCUGGUUGCAAUUGGCAGAAACCAAUUCAUUUUAUUUUUCAAAGCAACCUUUAAUGUGGGAAGUAAAAGUUCUUUAAUUAUCUUUUCAAUGUUAAAUGAUGUGUGCCUUAUGAAUCUUUUUCUAAUAUUACACUUCAAUUCAAUAAACACGAUAUGUACUCAGUGAGGCAACUUGCAAAUGUAGGUCAGGGGAAAGAAGGUUUGAAUGAAACUGAUCCAAGCUUGACUGGAGCUGGAGCACAACAGUCAGAGGGUUUCCUUCUUUAACCACAUCUGAGUGGCAAAAUUACAGUGGCAUUGCCAAGUUUCCUGAUUUAGAAAUGUCUUUCUUUUCAAUUUGGUAUAAUUGGAUCCCAGAGUUUUAAAGUGAGUUUGUAAUGCAACCAAUGUUUAUUUUAAACUCUUGGCUUUUGUAUUGGAAGAAAGAGAGAUGAAAUAACGUUGCUCUUCCUGGAACCAUGUUUUCUGCAACACCUUGUAAGAAUGCUUUCAAAGAAGAAAAUUAAACAUUUCUCUUGUAAA